CUGGUGCUUUUGUUCGAAGCUGAAAGUGACUGUGCCUCUUACUACAACUGUAUCCCUCAGAAUAUACAGUACUCCUUGCAACUCUGCAACUUGGUCUCCUCCGAGGCUGACAGCCUCCCUCUUGCACAGUACUCAGCAGCGCUUAGUCAGCGGCACAUUCAACAUUCCGUCUCCAACCCUCCCCUUGGCGAGGGGCAGAGAGCGCGGGCCUCGCCCGACAGUUUGGCAACAAAGUGGGGUUCCCGUCCGAGGGGGUGUGCAAGGCAGGGGUUUGCCGUUGCCGGCCGCCUUUUGUCGGGCAGCAGCAGCACGCGCUGAGAAGCGGAAAUAUUUCAGUAUUUAAAGUCAGGGCCAUCGCACGCUAUAACUUCCAGGUUCCAAAGGGAGCACUUCUCCACCAAACCCCAACCAACAACGCAUUCUCAUUCCGCCCUCCACAAGAACCUAACACCAUGUCUACCACUACCACCACGACAACGGCCGAGCCGAUCACGGCCGACUCCAUCCUCCGCCUCUUCCCGGACAUCGAUACGAGCGGGGCAGCUCUCGAAGGUCACGAUGAGGAACAGAUCCGUCUUAUGGACGAGGUCUGCAUCGUCCUGGACGAGAAUGACCUGCCAAUCGGGACUGCGAGCAAGAAGCUAUGCCACCUUAUGACAAACAUCGACAAGGGCCUCCUGCACAGAGCCUUCUCCGUCUUCCUCUUCAACGACAAGAACGAGCUGCUCCUGCAGCAGCGCGCCUCGGAAAAGAUUACCUUCCCUGACAUGUGGACCAACACCUGCUGCUCGCACCCGCUGCACAUGGCCAGCGAGACCGGCUCCAACCUCGAAGACGCCGUCCGUGGCGUCAAGAAUGCUGCCCAGCGCAAGCUGGACCACGAGCUCGGUAUCAAGAAGGAGCAGGUGCCGCUGGAGGAUUUCCGCUUCCUGACCCGCAUCCACUACAAGGCGCCAAGCGAUGGCAAAUGGGGCGAGCACGAGAUCGACUACAUCCUCUUCAUCAAGGCCAACGUCGAUCUCGACCCCAGCGAGAACGAGGUGCAGGCCACCCAAUACGUCUCGGCCGACCGCCUGAAGGAAAUGUUCCAAGACCCGACCCUCAAGUUCACUCCCUGGUUCAAGCUCAUCUGCAACUCGUUGCUCUUUGACUGGUGGAAGCACCUCGACUCGGGCCUCGAGGCGUACAUGAACGAGCAGGAAAUCCGCCGGAUGUAAUCGACCAAUAUAUCAAGAAGCUGCGGGUGACAGUUCUCGUUCCUGUUGCAAAGCCGUAUCGCGCGGGAUGCGGGCAGCUUUGAGGAGUUGACCAGCGCCAGUCGUUCUGUUUUAUUUUUAAGCCUAAGAUAUCCGCUC